AUGUUAAAUAAAAUUAUUUUCUUUCCUAUAUUUGUUGACUUUCUUUCUUUACUCAUUCUUUCGUUUAAUGUCUUUUCUUCCGAUUUAUAUUUGCUUGUCAUCAUUAUCAUCAUCCUAUGUAUUAAAAAUGUCCACUGUUGUGGUAAUAUUGGUGUGAUUGUGACACUAUCUAUCUAUCUAUCUAUCUAUCUAUCAGUCUGUUCCUAUCUAUCUAUCUAUCUAUCUAUCUAUCUAUCUAUCCACUUCCUCUCGUUGUCGUUUAUUUCGGUAACAUCACCAUCCGAUGGCGAUGUCACCAUCACAGUCCAUGCCGGCCUCACCGUCGCUAGAAGCCACUGCCCUGACAUCUACUUCUUCCUUAACAUCUUUGUCGGUGUCAUCGCCGCUGUUGUCAUCGUCUGCCUGCGUCUACCGACUGGCCCGACAGAGAACCCUUCAGCAGCCUACACAUCGCUUUCGAAAACCCCAUCCCCAGCAAAAACAACGACAAUCUCUUCCUACACAACCGCUCCACACCCAUCACUCAUUUUCUUAUACAACAAUAAACAGUAA